CAGCCCGGUCGAGCCGUGUCGCGGAGGUGCUACAGAGGUACAGGAUGAAGUUGCAAACCGGUGGUGCAGGCGGCUGCGCGAGCGAUACCGAGCAGCUAGUGCCACCUGUCGGCCCGCGGCGCAGGCGCGUCUUGCUCGGCAACUGGCAGGGAGCGCUGCAGGCGGUCACCCUCUUGAUCAGCGUUAUCAGCCUGACGCUGGGCUGCAUCGUGUUCAUGGUGCUCCUCUACACGCCGGCCUCCAGUCCGCUGGGACAGGCCCGAAACGUGGCUGACCUUCGGCAGGUCAGUGACCUUCAGAGGCAGAUGAUCGGCCGCCUGCAGCGCGAGGCCAACUACCUGGACGCCCGUCAGAAGGUUCUGCAGUCCGCGUUGGCUUCUGCCGGCCUGCUGGAUGAUGACGUACGAGCCCGGCUGGACGGCAUCGAGCGAGCCCUGGCGGCCAAGGAAGCGGAGGAGCGUCAGGAGAUGGAGGCCGUCCGUCCGGAGCUGGAGUCUAUCCCCGCCCGCGAGGACGCUGCCGCCGCCCAUCCUCUGAUUGGCCGUCCCGACGGCCACGAGCGAGGACACACGACGGGCGAGGAGCAGCCGCCCCUCAUCGGUCGCCCAGAUGGGCACGAGAGAGGAUACGGGUCUGAGGAGGAAGAGGACGAGGAGAGGACAUAUGAGGACUACGUCUAGGUGUCAUGAAAUCACCGAAUGCACGAACUGGAGAUGGUUUAACAGCGGUCGGCAGAUUUCUAUAGGAUAAGGAUCAGGACCACAGCAGGACCAUAGAUCAGGAUCACAUAGGAUCAUAGACGCCGCUCGCAGAGCCUGACCGGGUCGUUGCCAUACUGGCUUUGUGUAAUUAGGCGUCAUAAAAUUGCCUGUCGGUCAUUGUGCGCCGAAAAGCGGUUGCUUAUUUCAUGAACUUGCUUAUGAAUUAUUUUUAUUUUUCUAGACUCCACGUGACGAGACUUGAUUUAAAAGCAAAGAGGGGAAUCGUUUUAGCCUGAAGUCCGUUAGUACUGCGUGCUACCCAAUUGCAGCCGUGAUGUCAUGGUAUGACUGCACACGCGCGAGGGAUAGGUCACGAUUCAAUCAAUAAACCAUGUCCCUUGGUCUCCUA